AUGGGCAGCCCUGCAGGAUCUCUGCAACCUCAAGGACCUGGCCCUCAGCCCCUCCACUUUCCCUGUCCCUCUCCUCCCUGCCAACCCCUGUCUCAUGUAGGGACCUUCACUAUCCGGCUGCUUCACACCUUUACCUUCCAAAACACCUCCUUUGUGGACAUAGAGGGGUUAGGCCUGCUGGAAGACAUCCAACUUGGGUCUCUUGAUAAGCAUACCUGGGACAUCCACUUCUGCCAGCCCUGGGUGCAUCCAGCCCUGCCCCGCAGUGAGUGGGACACCAUUGACAACAUGCUCAAGAUCUAUUUUCAUAAUUUCAUCCACCUGAGCAAUGAAGGGGCCGUACAGAAGGAUGUGCCCUACCCCUUUGUGGCUCAGUCCAUGGCAGGCUGCAAGCUCUACCCCAACAGGACCUCUCGGAUGUUUGCCUAUGUGGGCUACAAUGGGCAGGACUUCCUCAGCCUAGACACAGACAGUGCCACCUGGACCCUCUCCCAGGACACCGACCUGGCACGGUACGUGAGGGAUGUCCUCCAGAACACCACCCUCGCUGAGGCGGUGGAGGGCAUCUUCAACGAUACCUGCGUCAGUGCCCUGGAGAUGUUCCUGAGUUACGGCAGGGCAGCUCUGGAGAGACAAGAGCUGCCCGUGGCCACGGUCUUUGCCCGCACGCCCAGCCCACACCAGCUGCUGCUGGUUUGCCACGUCACCGCCUUCUACCCCCGGCCCAUCAGCGUGGCCUGGCUGAGGGAUGGCCACGAGGUGCCUCCGGGCCCGCAGCUCAACACCAGCCCCGUCCUGCCCAACGCUGACCUCACCUACCAGCUCUCCAGCGUCCUGGCCGUGGCCCCCCAGGACGGGCACAGCUACGCCUGCCGCGUGCGCCACCGCAGCCUGGGCACCCGCAGCCUCCUCGUCCCCUGGGGCAACUCACAGCUGCUGCUCAUCACAGGGCUCGUGGCCGGGCUGCUGGGAGCCGUGGCUCUUGCUGCCCUGAUGCUGCUUUGCCUCUGCAGACGCAGAAAGCACCAGGGCACAGAGGAACCAGAGUCCAGGAACUCCAUCCUGAGCAAAGAAGCUUAGCCCAGAAGGGAGACAACUGUCCCCAUUCCCUCUUGGCACCUGUCAGCCAACAGGGACAAGAAUUACCUUCUUCUGCUUCAAGAUUGCAAGACUAACUCGACUCAGAGAUGCAGGGGAGAAACCUGGGUGGCUUCUGACUCACUUGAAUUUGCUAAGCAGACACAGACACAGGUCUGAGACCUCCUCACGUUUUACACCUCUUGUGCCACUGCCUU